CCUCAAAAGUUAACAACGUGAUACAAAAACGGGGAUUUGAACAUGUUCAAUAACAAGUUCUGAUACAAAAGGCUCAAAAUCUCGAGCUUUAUUAUAACAACACCACUAACUCACGAUCGUCUAAGAUGAGAUUGAUUAUUGUAUCUAUACUUGUCGCUGCAGUGUCAGGUGCAGCUAUCACACCUGUUGAAGAGAGAUUAGAAAACAAUUCCACUACAGGAAUUUUGGAAUCUGAAUUAGAUGUAGGAUUACGCAAAGAUGUAUACGACAAACAAAACAAAAACAGCAAUGAAGAGCACACAGCAAAUACAAAUGAAGGAAACGAAGAGGCUACUGUGGUAACAGAAUCCGCUUCGUGGGUGACGGAAACUGACAUAAACCACACGACAUCUGAUAUAAACGACGAGACCACAACACAAUACGCGAUAGAAGAGUUUGAAGUAGAACGGAUAGGGGCUGGGGUUUCCUAUGAAAUUCUAAGCUCAGCUUUGGGCUAAUAACCGAUCAGUUACAAUAAAUGUAACAAAUAUUUUACUAAGUAGUUGGUAGUAUAAUCAUAAUUUAAUGUUACAAUAAAUUAGUAUUAGGUCGAUCGAUUAGAAUUAAGAUCUUGUACUUUUCAGAUCUCAAAAUUGUACUUUUUCAGAAAAGCAGGUAAAUAAAACAAUAAAUUUAAUUGA